UAUAUCGUGACCGCAAUUGUUGGCUUUCUCCCACCCGCUUUCUCGUGAUUGCAGCCGCUGUUCCCAAGAGUCCCGGAAGCCAAGAUGUCGCUCAAGACAAUGUGGCAGCAAUACUUCCCCGCAGAAGCGCCUUCGUUCACGGAAGCGAACCUCGCGCCUGGGAGCCAAGAGGGAAAAGUUUUCAUCAUCACGGGUGGGAAUUCGGGGAUCGGAAAGGAGCUUGCGAGGUUUCUGUAUCCGACGGGGGCGAGGAUCUACCUUGCAGGUCGGUCUGAGGAGAGGAUCGCACGGGCGAUCGAGGAUAUCGAAGCGUCGUCUGCUUCGACGGGCGUGGCGAAAAAAGGCUGUCUAAGGUCGCUGCAUGGGCUCGAUCUGAGUGAUCUAUGUACAGUCAAACCGGUGUUUGAGAGGUUCGCGGCGCAGGAGAAGGAGUUGCAUGUGCUUUGGAAUAACGCGGCCAUGCCGUCGCGACCGGGGAGGUCGAGCCCACAGGGUAUCGAAUUGUCCAUGGCAGCGAAUGCAUUGGGUCCAUUCCUAUUGACGAGCUUGCUUGUUCGACAUCUUGGUGCUGGGGCGAAGAAUGCGGGACGACCGUCGCGUGUGGUUUGGACAGGUUCGGUUCAGAUUGAGAUGAAUGCACCGCUGGGAGGAGUCGAUUUUGAGCGCCUUAACCAAGGAAAGACAAUCUCGCAGCAUCCAGAUUAUGCCCAGUCGAAGGCUGCUAACCUGUUGCUUGCACAUGAGAGCGCUAUCAGGUGGGGAGAUCAGGAUAUCAUCAGUGUUUGCCAGAAUCCGGGGAACUUGUACACGAAUAUAUAUGCCAGAGAGAAUUGGUUACUGGUGCUGUUCCUCAGAUAUACAGUACUCUACGAGGCAAAGUAUGGGGCGUAUACGAUGAUGUUCGCGGGGUUCUCGGACAAGAUUAGCAUGGCGCAGAACGGCUGCUAUAUAUGGCCAUGGGGUGUGAUCAAGCCGAAUUCGAGGGAGGAUGUAUACAAGGCGAUCGACCAGGGCAAGGCCCGGGACUUCUGGGAGUGGUGCGAGGACAAGAUUGGGGCUUUCAUGUAGCCUUAGCUGUGGUUCUGUUAAUAUUUGAUAGAUGAUCGAUGGCGGGCACCGUGCCACAUGUCAGCUUUCAAUCUUUGGCAUGAUGGGAGCGACACUGUCCAUUACGCUCCCUGGACGGUAUGCACCGAAGCGAGUAAACCCAAUCGUGUGGACCGAUAACUAAUAUCAGGCUGUGAUGAAACAGUCAGACAUCUUCAGUCUUCAUCCGCUCAGUCCAGAAUCCUUUCCCAUAGCUGAUCAGUAUCUCCUGGCCUUUCGGGACCCCUUUAGCUCGUUUCCCACUCUUGCCAGCGGUGAGGACAAAUACACCUAUCCUUUUCUC